AUGGAAAGAGGAAGAGCAAGUUAAUUUUAUAGAGGAAAAAGAGGUGGCAGAGGAGCUACAGCAAAAGGUAAAGGAAGAGGUUAAUAUGAAUAUGAGGAAGUGAAGUAGGAAUCUAACACUUAAUUGAAUAAUGUAACUUAUGAUAUGCCAAAAAGUGCUUAGUAUAAAUAUGUUGCAAAAAAUCAACAUCAGAAGGACUCAAAUAUUCUUGAAGAAACAAAAAUGUAAUUAAGAGGUAGAGGAAAUAAUGAUGGAAGAGGAGGAGCUAAUUUUAUAAAUGGUAGAAGAUCAGAAAGCAAUUUUGACAAUGAUAUCAGUUAAGCAUAGGAAGGAAAAAAUAGAGCAAGAUUCUUUAUGAAUUAAGAAUUAGAAUAGAUAAGGUAAUUGACUGGAUAAUAAAUUGCUUAAAAAUUGUUAGAUUAUAAGGACCUCUCUGCUUCAUUUGAUGCAACAAAAUAUACUGUCAGAGGUUAUUCUCAUCUAAUUAAUAUUUGGCACAAACUUUGCUAUGAUAAAAGUAUUUAGUCAACCUAACUAAAUCUUAUAUCAGCUGGAUUUAUGGAAUCAAAAUUUUUUGAAAGACUCUAAAAUGAUUAUAUUAACGAUCUUAAUAAUAACAUCAGAAAUUUGAAUGACUAUAAGUUUAGACUUGAUGAUUUAAAGUUGCUUUUGGAAAUUUUCAUGAUCUUGAUAGAAAAGUUUCAAUCUAAAAUUCAAAAAAUUCCUAUUCCUGUAUUUGCGUCAUUUAUUAGGGAUGACGUCACGCUAGUUUAAGAGUCCUGUGACAUACUUAAUAUACAUGGUUCUUAGGUAAAGUUGCUUUAAGAGAUGGCAACUAAACUAUUAGAGAAGAGAAUGAUAUACCUAAAAGCCUCUAAAGAAGAGGAGAAAAAAUAAGAGGAGAAGAAAAAGCAAAUGAAGGGUGGAAACUAUAAAAUUAAGCCUUAAGAUAGCUUUUAAGAUAUUGAUGUUGUUCCAACUUCUCAUGAACUCAUAUCAGGUUAAUAACCUUUUCUUAGACAAAUGCCUGCGAAAGGAGACUUCGAUGAUACUCAUGAUUACUUAGAUAUCGUUUACAGGUUGCUUAGAGAGGAUGCUAUAAGACCUUUGAGAGAAGGGAUCGAUGUUAUGAAAAGAUAGUUAAGAGAUGCUGGAGUAAGACUUUACGAAAGUGCUUAUCUGCAAUACUUAUCUUUUACUAGGAAUAGUCCUGAUGUUGCAAUUACUCUAAGAAUUUAUGAGAAAGGGAAAUCGAACUGGAAUGCAAGUAAAAGAUUACUACCAGGCUCAUUGAUGAUAUUAAGCAAGGAUAAUUUCAAGACUCUUAACUUCUUCUUGGUAUGUGACAGAGAUGCUAAGUAGAUGGCUAUCACCUCCUAGAAGUAUAAUUAUGUUGAAAUAAAAGUUCAGCAUAUAUCAAAUGAAAUUUCUUAAAAAAGAGUGAUAGAACAGUUUGAUUCAGAUGAAAGUGAUGAUGAUUAAUAUAUGAGAUAACUUUACAAUGAAAAAGAAUCUCCAGUUCUAGAUUUUUAUCUUUAGCACAAAGAAAACUAGCUUAAAAUUAUUGAAUCAACUGCUUAUUUUGAAUCCUACAAUCAUGUACUAAAAAAAUUGAAGUAAAUUGAUAAAUGGGAAAACGUUCCCUUUGCAGAUUAUUUGACCGGUUAAAUAAAGAAAGAUAUCAAGCCACCAAUCAUUUUUUAGCAACUCGGAAAUUAAAAUAAAAGGCAAACUUCGAUAAAAACUAGGCUGCUGCUCUGA